AUGGGCAACGAACAAGAUACAGAUGAUCAUUAUAAUUUUCAUGAACAUGAUAAUAUUCUUAUGAAAGAUGUGCAGAAUGCUGAGAAAUCAAAGUCGAAAAUCGUUCACAGCAAUCCCAUACAAGCUGAUAAUGAAACAAUAGGCACGGGAACAUCCCAACCUAAAUUGAAAAUACGAAAUGAGCCAAAAGCAGCAAAAGAAGAACCAUGUAAACCAAUGGACUGGGAGAACUACCAUCGUUUACGCGUAAUACAUAACUUUAUGGAUGAACUCGAAUCUAGAUACCCGUCAAUAUGCACAGUUGGAUACAUUGGCUCAUCUCUUGAGGGCAGAGAUUUAAAGAUUCUAAAAGUAUCAAACAGUGAUGCUAGCAACGCUAGUGUUUGGAUGGAUGCAGGUAUCCACGCAAGAGAGUGGAUUGCCCCAGCCGUCGCUACAUAUAUCGCAAAUCAUAUCGCGAGAAAUUUUCAGAAUCUACCCGAUUAUGUGACAAAUAAGGAUUGGUAUUUUCUUCCCGUCGUCAACCCAGAUGGAUAUGAGUAUUCCCAUACAGUAGACCGAAUGUGGAGGAAAAAUAGAGCAUGGCACGGCGGCCAAUGUUUGGGUGUCGAUUUGAAUAGAAAUUUUAGUUUCGGAUGGGGGGGAAAAGGAUCAUCGGACAACCCGGCCAAUUCAUUUUAUCGCGGCCCUGAGCCUUUCUCAGAACCAGAGUCCAGUGCAAUGAGGGACUUCUUAUCGAAAAGUGGGAUAACAUUCAAAGUGUACAUAACCCUACAUAGCUAUGGACAAAUUAUUUUAUUUCCCUUCGCGUACAGAGACGAACUGUGUCCGGACUAUGUGCGUUUGCUGGAAGGAGCUACAGUCAUGUCUAAGGCUAUCCAUGACUGCAAUGGUAACACCUACAAAGUCGGUAUUUCAAGAGAUGUUCUGUACGGUGCAGCAGGGACUAGCAAUGACUGGAGCUACGGUGCCGCAAAAAUUCCCUAUUGCUAUCUGAUAGAACUGAGGAGCAAGAAGCACAAGUUCAAAUUGCCAAAGGAAGAAAUCGAAGAAACGGGCCAUGAAAUCCUAAACUGCGUUCAGGCGCUCAUGAAAUUUGUUGACGCGAGGGAUAAUAAAAUGUGCCAUCCUGAAUUAUAA